CGUCAUCAAAUGCUUUACGAAAAGAAGAAAAAAAAAAAAAAAAAAGGUUGUCUUUUUGGUGCUUUGAAGUUGCAAAGUAGAAAAAUGGGAAUUCCAUCAGAAAUAAGGGAUGUUUGGAUACAGAGAAAAAGAAAUUCCUUCAUAAUUCCUUCCCCUGCUGAAGACGAGAAGAAUUUGAGAGCCAAGCAAUUCUCUCAAGAAGGAAUUCGUGCCGGUGUCAAGGCGGCUGCGGUCGCCGCCGUUGUCAGCGCCGUACCUACCUUGAUUGCAGUACGUAAGAUUCCUUGGGCAAAGGCAAACCUCAACCAUACUGCUCAAGCUCUUAUCAUCAGUGGAGCAUCAAUUGCGGCCUACUUCAUUACCGUAGAUAAAACCGUUUUGGAAAGUGCUAGGAGAAAUUCUCGAGCACAGUUCGACAAAACUGUUUGACUGCUAGAAUUGAAGGUAUUCAGUGGCGAAGGUUCUCAGGACAAGUAUGAUACAUGUCAAUAAGUUUAAAGCUGUUGUAUGCCAUGCAUCCACUUUUUUUUUCUUUUUUUUUUUCUGUGGAAUUUUAUCAUCAAUUAAGCAGUUUAAAUGUAUUUAGGUGAUGUUUUAUGUUUCAGUUUAUAAGCAUGAGAUUAUAUAAUCCUUUUAUGACCUUUAACAUGGAACUCAGUUGAGUUCUUUCA